CUUAAUUUUGGGGAUUUUAAUAGUAGUAAUGGCAGUACCAAUUCACAUAUGUACUGACCAUCUUCAAGCCGUUGAGGACUCAAUUUUAUCAGCAGAAACACAUAUUUCUGAUACAGAAGAUAUUGAAAAAGAAACACUUGACGAUAUUGAUUCAGCAUUUGGUGAUAUUCGUAAUUCAAUUUGUAAAGCUGACUUUGUUAGAACAGCACACAUCAUCGAAGUUUUAAAAGAAAAAUUAUUACGUAUUAGACAAAUAAAAUCUAAAUGGGUUAAGGUACUUCAAAACACUGUUAAUGCUUUACCACCACAUUUACAACAUAAAAUAUUAUUUAAAAAUAAGAUCGAGAAUCGUAUGAGAAUGAAUCCUGAUUUUAUUUCUAUUGCAGAUAUUCCAUCAAUUCCUGUAUAUGAAGGAAUGCCAAAAUAUGCACCAGUAAUAACAAAAAUUGCAGACGGUAUGAUGGAAGAAAUUGAAGAUAUUAAAACUGAUGAACAACUUAUUUCACUUCAAGAACGAUAUGAAAAAGUACAAUUUAAAUCUAAAGAAUCACAUUUAAAGACACAAAAAGUAUUAGAAGGAAUUGAUGCUAUUAUGGUAUCAAUUCGAUUAGGAAGAAUUGGAACAGAAAGUGCAUCAACAAACUAUAACAAAUUAUUUAAUUUAUUAAAAAAAACAACAGAAGAAGAAAAGAAAUAUGUUUCAGAAAUAAAUUCAUUAAGAAAACAAAUAUUUGAUAGAAAGAGAAGUAUAUUACAAUCCAUUUUAGAUAAAGGAAGAGUUAUUCAAAAAGAUAUGGUUCAAAAUAGAAUACAAUUCUUAAAAAAAAUGAGUUCAAAAUAUUCUAAUAAUAAAUUAAAAGAAACAACUCAACGACUUAAUUCAUUAAUCAGUGGUAUUCAAAAACAAUGGAAACAAUUACAAGAACAAAAAACUCGUUCCAAAUAA